AUGGCCGACGAAAUAAAAGCAACUACACAAGAGGAGGCACCCUCUACAAUGCCUACCUCCGAAACGUCUCCUACCGACGCCCCCAAAUCAUCAGAAGGCACCCCGGCCGCUCCAGCAAACGACCCCAAAGCCGCCCUCGCCGCUCGCAUGGCGCGCUUCAAAGCCCUCCAAGCACAAAAAGUCUCAGGUCGCAAAGCUACGGAGCGCGAAGUCCGCGACGCAGAAGACCGCUCCUCCCGCCUCGCUCAAAUCUCCAAACUGCAAGACGCGCACGAAAAAGCCGCGUACAAGCUGCUCAAAACCGAUGACCCAGACUUUGAGCGCAAGCGGAACUGGGACUACACGGUCGAAGAGAGCGAGAGCUGGGACAAGCGCAUGGCCAAGAAGAGCCGGAACCGCGACGGCGUCGCCUUUGCCGAUUAUAGAAACGAAGCGAAUAAAGUGUACAAGCGGCAAAUCAAGCAGAUGAGCAAAGUCGACCAGGAAGCGUACGCUGCGUCCAAGGCAGAGAAGCUGCAGAAUCAAGUCUCGUCGGGGCUUUUGCAGCUGGUGGAAACGCCGUCGGGCGAGAUAUACACGGUCGACAGCCUCGGCCGCAUUAAUACCCCGGUGGACGAGGACUACACGCAUGAUCACAAGCCGCGGAAAGAGAAUGUGGAUAAGCUGGUCGAGGAUCUGGAGAAGGGGGAGAGGGCGAGGUUGAAGGCGAGGGCGGCGAGGGGAAUCAGGGACGAGCAGGAUGUUGGCGAUGUCACGUAUAUUAAUCAGAAGAACAAGCAGUUCAACGAUAAGUUGGCGAGGUUUUAUAAUCGCUAUACGAGCGAGAUUAGGGAGAGUUUUGAGAGGGGCACGGCGAUAUAG